AUUUCUCUCUCAGCGAUGGCUCUCCUGCUGCACAGUGUCCCCUCUCAGGUCUUCAGCUGGACAGGCCUCUGUUCACUCCUCUGCAUAGUCGGUACAGGACUGCUUGCUGCGCUUACAAUCUGGACUGUGAGGCUGCUGCUGCGUCAUGCCUGGUUCACUCACAGGCUGUCCUGCUUCAGCAAACCACAAACACACUCGUGGCUGCUGGGCCAUCUGGGACAGAUGCAGAGCAAAGAGGAAGGUCUUCUGCAGGUGGAUGACUUGGUGCAGAUGUUCAAACACUCCUGCUCUUGGUUCAUCGGUCCUUUUUAUCACCUGGUCAGAGUCUUCCACCCUGACUAUGUCAAACCUCUGCUAAUGGCACCUGGCAAGAUCACAGUGAAAGAUGAGUUUGUUUAUCCCCUACUACGCCCAUGGCUGGGGCGCAGUGUGUUGAUCACUGACGGAGAGGUGUGGUCUCGCAAGAGACGGCUGCUGACUCCAGCUUUUCAUUUUGAUAUUUUGAAGAGCUACACUGUCAUAUUUAACUCCUCAGCUAAAACCAUGCAUGACAAGUGGUGCCGACUUGCAGCAGAAGGCGAGACUAAUAUAGAGAUGUUUGACCACAUCUCUCUGAUGACUCUGGACAGUUUACUGAAAUGUGCCUUCAGCUACAACAGCAACUGUCAGGAGUCUUCCAGUGAGUACGUGUCAGCCAUAGUGGAGCUCAGUGACCUGAUAAUCGAUCGACGACAGCACAUUUUACACCACUGGGACUGGAUUUACUGGAAGACUCAGCAGGGGAAACGUUUCAAACAAGCCGCAAACAUUGUACACAGGUUCACCAGAGAUGUGGUUCAAAAGCGCCGUGCCCUCCUCAGCCAACAGAGGGAGACAGAAACACAGUCUGAUGUUGCCCCAACACCACAGAAGAGGAGAGAUUUUGUGGACAUUCUCCUGCUAACAAGGGAUGAAGAUGGACAAGGCCUAACAGACGAGGAGAUCCAGGCUGAAGCCGACACCUUCAUGUUUGCAGGUCACGACACAACAGCCAGCGCCAUCUGCUGGACGCUGUAUAAUUUAGCACGCCAUGAACACUAUCAGGAAAAAUGCAGACAGGAAGUGAUGGACCUGAUGAAGGGACGAGAUGGACAUGAAAUUGAGUGGGAGGAUCUGUCCAACCUUCCCUUCACCACCAUGUGCAUCAAAGAGAGCCUCAGACUCUACCCUCCUAUCCAGGCCGUAUCACGGAAAUACACACAGGACAUGGUGCUGCCAGGGAAUCGCAUAGUCCCAGAGGAUGCGAUCUGCGUGGUCAGCAUUUAUGGAACACAUCACAACCCCGCUGUCUGGACAAACCCAAAUGAAUUUGAUCCCCUACGAUUUGACCUGAGCACCACAAAGAGCCACGCUUCUCAUGCCUUCAUCCCCUUCUCCUCAGGCCCCAGGAACUGUAUUGGUCAGAAAUUUGCCAUGGCUGAGCUUCGAGUUGUUGUGGCGUUGACCCUGCUCAGGUUUCGACUGACCCCAGGGGUGAACCCUGAACUUGGGAGCAGUUCGCCGAGAGUUCGUCGUCUCCCCCAAAUUGUCUUGCGUGCAGAGGGAGGCCUGUGGCUGCAGCUGGAGCCUCUGAACACACCCAAACUGAAGGAGCAGUCAGAUGAAUGA